GAAACUAUUAAAAAAACCAUUCAAUCAAGUUUCACUUUUGAUGCAUCUGCACAAUCAAAUAUUAAAAAUCGGAACAAUGAGUUACGGAAUCUUAUAAAUGAAGCCCAUGCUAAUAUUGGAGAACGUAAUAAGAAUAUUGAAGAAAUUAAAAAAGUUUCUAAUCUAGAUGACAUUGGUCCUAAAUUACUCAAAGAGGCUGCAAAAAUUACUGCUAAUGGUACUGCGAUAAAAAUCGAGCCGGCGCACUUUGAAGAACUGUUCAUUGAAGAGUUGAAAAAAUAUGAUAAAUAUUUGGAGCUUGUUCAGAGUGAAACUGAAAAUCAAGAAAAAUUGUUAAGCAAUAUUGAGAGAAAAUACCACGAGUUAACAGAAGAACGUAAUAGA